AUGUGUACUGUCGUGGCAGGAAGCGAGGCGCUCGAAUCCCGGGCCACCGCCGCUACACGCGGACUCUGCCGCGCGGACACAUCGCCGGAUGCAACAUCAAAAGAUCCCGGGAAAAACGAACACGCAGACGGCUACGCCGCGUGGUCCAAACGUGACAAAUCUAGCCCAUCCCCGGCUACAUUACCACCUGUUCGGCUAAUCUCCGCGCACACUCAA